AUGGGCAGCUACCGUAGCUUCACGUCGAACGCGCGAAGCAGCAAGAAGAACCCAUUCGCGCCAGAGAGGGAGAAGGAAAACCCGCUCUCCGCCGAAAGCGUAUGCCAGAACGAACGCUGUCAACAGCCAGGUUUUGCUGUCGACAGAGCGCACCUUCGGCAACCUCGGGUUCGAGGUCGACACUCCUCACAACCUCGAAUCGGCCGUCUCAGAUCCCCUCCCGUACCUCUCCUAGGCGGUAGCAUCUUCCACCCCAAGAGCCCCCGCCUCCGCGACCAGUCCAACGGUAGGUAUCGCCUCCGCCAAAAGCAGAUAGACACUGUAGUCAGGUCCUCAACCUCCAUCCGCGAACACUUCCAGUCCCUUGAUCCUCUGCGACAGGUGCAGAGACGAAGCGGCAUCCGCGACCCGAGAAACUCCGAGUGGAAGAACCGGCCGCGAACCCAGUCCCCCGGCAUGGCUGGCAGUAAUACAAGCACUUUUGCCGCCGACGACCCGCAAGCAAGUGUGAUUCUCGAGAUUGAGUUUCUCGUCGCGGGCGCUAGCAAUAGCCGAGAUCAGAAUCGCAAAAGUAAGAAGAUGUUGAGAACGACGAGGUCGGUCUUCAGAUCCCAAAACCAAAAAGCAGAACACGGUCAUGAGGGGAGGUGCUUCAAUUCCAUGUGCAAGAGACCAGGGAGGGCAUCCGAACUAACGACUAGUUAUAGGGUUGUACGUAGGAGGGCUAUCGUUUUACCAUUACUACUUCCCCCCCCCUUCCUCCUCCCCACGGAGACGCUCCAAAUAUCCAAAUCUGGGGAAAACGGCGCCCAGCUUCCACUCGCCGCAUCUCUCGCACAUCCCAUCUCCGAGACGCAAGACGAGAUUAUUGCUUCUCUCACGGCCGCGAGCUUUGCUAACGCCUCCGAAGUCCACGGCCACGGCCACGGCUCCCUCUUUGUCCCACCGUCUCUCUCGUCGCCAUCGUCGGCUUUAUCUCUACGAGCAGCAGCAGCAGCAGCAGCAGCAGCAGCAUUAACUACACUGCCCCCUCUCCAGAUCCCAUCUUCCCGCGACGCUAAGGAGCUCUCGGAAAUGCCGGGUCGCUUGCAGCCGACGACGGACGUUGAAGAGUCAGGGAACAAGAGAGUCUGGGUGCCGGAGAAGAGAAGACAGCCGGUCCGCGAAUCUGGUGCCAGGCUAGAGAGUAGAGAUGUCAUUUUUAACGAACAGGCAAAGGGUGGGUGGGUGCAAGACUAUGCGGGGGAGAUUCCCACCCGCGCGAGAGAGAAAGACCUCAUAUACCCAAACCCAACCCCAUUCCCCCAACCCUCCCCCAAGAACGCAGCAGCAUUAAUCCACACUGCACUCACUCACUUACUACAAGACAAAACAAAACAAUAUCAAUUAUUCUCAACCUAUAACCACUUGCUUGUCAAACCAGCAAAACAUCGCGAGGAUAAAUGCAUGUCUUUAAAAACUAGAGCCAAGGGAUGUAUGAGAGAGAGAGAGAGAGCUGCUGUUGCAAAUUCUUUCUCAUGCCGUCAUUUCGUUUCGACGUUCAAGAUUAUUGUCGAAGAAGAAGAAGAAGGACGAGAAGAAGAGGAAGAAGAGAAGGAGAAGAAGUAA